AUGUCGGGCUACGCGCGCCGCCCGGGCGCCUCGCCGCUGACGCGGGCCCGGAGCCUGCUGGUCCCCGACGCUCCCGCGUGCUAUGAGCGCCGGUCUUGUCUCCCCCAGCUAGACUGUGAGCGCCCCCGCGCCGGGGACCGGGACCCCCACCUCCUCGGCUUUCGGCCGACCUUUAUGUGCUAUGUGCCCAGCCCCGCGCUGGCCUCCCUGGGAGACACAGAUUUUGGCUAUGGAAGGGGGAAGUGUACUAAGCCAGGCCCACCGGGAGCCCAGGAGACACAUUUUGGAGAGGAUAAACUUGAAGAUCUUGAGGCAAAUCCGUUCUCCUUUAAAGAGUUUCUGAAAACGAAGAACCUCAGCUUGUCGAAAGAAGACACGACCAACAGCAGAAUCUAUCCAAAGGAAGCCCCGAGGCACUCCCUGGGACUAGACCACAGCUCCCCCACGUCCCCAACGGUGGGCUAUGGCCUGGAGUACCAGCAGCCGUUCUUUGAAGACCCCACGGGGGCAGGCGACCUCCUGGACGAGGAGGAGGACGAGGACGGGUGGGAUGGGGCCUACCUGCCCUCGGUGGUGGAGCAGACGCACUCGUCCAGGGCGGCGGCCAGCACGUCCCCCUGCACCAGCACCUACGUCUCCUUCUUCUCCAACCCUUCGGAGCUGGCAGGGCCCGAGUCGCUGCCCUCCUGGACGCUGAGCGACUCUGACUCCCACGUCACUCCAGUGGGGAGCCCCGGCACUGACUUCGCAGCCCACGGAGAGUCCUUCGGGGACCGUCACCUCCGGACGCUGCAGAUGAGUUACGAAGCACUGAAAGACGAGAACGCCAAGCUGAGGAGAAAGCUGAGCGAAGUCCAGAGCUUCUCUGAAACCCAGACCGAGAUGGUGAGGACGCUUGAGCGGAAGCUGGAGGCGAAGAUGCUCAAGGAGGAAAGCGACUACCACGACCUGGAGUCUGUGGUGCAGCGGGCGGAGCAGAACCUGGAGCUGAUGACCAAACGGGCCGUAAAGGCAGAAAAUCACGUCGUGAAACUGAAACAGGAAGUGAGUCUGCUCCAGGCCCAGGUCUCCAACUUCCAGCGGGAGAACGAAGCCCUGCGGUGCGGCCAGGGCGCCAGCCUGGCGGUGGUGAGGCAGAACACAGAUGUGGCCCUGCAGAACCUCCGCCUGGUCAUGAGCAGCGCACACGCCUCCAUCAAGCAGCUGGUUUCCGGAGCUGAAACGUUGAAUCUCGUCGCUGAGAUCCUCAAAUCUAUAGACAGGAUUUCUGAAGUAAAAGAGGAGGAGGCGGCGUCCUGAACCGCGAGAUGCUUCCGGCCCAGAGCUGCUUACAUCCCGGAGUUGCCACUGAGUCCCUCUCGGCGCGCCUGCGUCCUCGCUAGUAAAGCGUUCAUCACGCAGUGCCAAGCUCACGGCCUGGCGCGGCGGCGUUCCCCGCCAGGGAGCAGGAGCGUGCCGGAGGCAGCACGAGGGCUUCUCGGCCACCCUUCCCGGGCCUCUCCCGCCGUGUGUACCCUCUCCCGGAAGAUGUUUCUAUAAAGGCGGGUGAUUCUUUCAGUUACUAAACAUGCGCGUAGCAGUUCUGAAAGCAGCACCUUCCGCCGUCACUCUGGGACGUAGCUUUAGUCGGUCACCGUCAGGCUCCAAAGCAGACACAGGCGGGCCUCGGGACACGCAGGGACGCGGGCCCUUGUGCCCACUCAGUGCCCGCGCAGCCUUCCUGGGGCAACUCUGGUGUCUGGUGGGUCUGCCCUCCCCCUCGCGGGCACCCGCACCACAAGGCUUUGUGAGCAUCCUAUGCGGGUCCACAGGUUGGAAAAGCUACUUCUGGCUGAAGGGUUUGGGCUCAUGCCUCGCUCGUACCAUGGCAUGAGCAGCGCACACGUUAGGUUAGGCUCAGCCGGGCCCCCAGUGCCUUUCUGCCCACUCUUCCCCGUCGGGAUGGCAACGCGUACACUGUGUGCCUUUGGGGCUGUUUUCAGAAGAUGUUAUUUUUUUAAAUAUAUUUUCUCUUACCUCUUGUUCAAAUCCACAACUAAUUUAAUAAAUUCUAAAGCUCACACAUGGUGUCCCUUUUGGUGAUUUAGCCA